AUGAAUGUUAACCAGAGGGACAAUACACUCCUAAAUCAACUGAGAAUACAAAGUUAUGGUGGAAACGAAGCAAUGGCUCUCAAACACUUAUUGCAAAAUAGGCAGAGGAUUGUGGUCAUGAGACUGACAAAUCACAUCUCUGGCUCAGAUGUCGUAAUGAUAGCAAUUGUCAUUAUUUUUUUCGGACCGUUUCAACUGCUGGUGAUAAAUCAAAAUUCUAGUACAAUCAUAUAUCACAAAAUGUCAAAAAAUGUAACACAAGUUUUUGAUCACGGUUUGUACAUUCUUAAGUUAUUUCGAUCGUUCAAAACGAUAUUUCGAGGGUCAUCUUUAAUUCCAGUGUAUAGGCUGAACACUGCUACUUAA